CCUCUCACUCUCUCAUUCCUUUUACCUCUCCCUUCUCCGCUUCAAAGGCGGCUCCCCCUCUGCUCAUCUCGGAGGUUUCGGUUUUUCCCCUGUAUUCUUCUUUGAUUCGUUCCAUUUUUGAGCCUAAAGAUGUCUUUUUUCUGCAUUAUCUUCGUUUCUGUUCUCGCCUGAUGCGUUCUCUGCAUUUCUGGCGCAAUUUUUUUCUUAGAAAUCUCAUGGAAAUUUUGAAUCGAUUGCGAAAUCAGGUUCCGACUUUGAAAUUAAGACUGUCGCCUUUGAUCUGAAUAUGUUGCGCGUCUUUUAAUCUUCCAUUUCGAGUUUUUGGUUUUCGUGAUGGAAGCGGAAGCGGAAGCGGCGGAGGGGGACCUGGAACGCCAUUCUUCGGCCAUCGAGAGUUUCCCGAGAGAUUUGCUUCGUAGAUUGGGCGGAACUAGAAGCUCCGGCGAGCAUCCGGACCCGCCGGGCGAGGAUUCUGAGGAGGUCGAGCUCAACCUCAACCUCGGUCUCUCCAUCGGAGGUUGCUUCGAGUUGGAUCCGGAUGCGAAGAAGCUGAUCCGGUCGUCCUCAGUCGCCUCCUUCUCUCCGCUGCCGAGGGAGCAGGAGUUUCCCGCCUUUCCACCGACGAGCCUCGUGAGGACGGGUUCCUUGCCGUCGGAGGCGGAGGAGGAGAGGAGGAAGAGGAAGCAGUUGCAGGGCUUGAGGAGACUGGAAGCGAAGAGAAAAAGAUUGGAGAAAAGGAAUUCGAUUAAAUCUGGCGCUGCAAGAUCUGAUGAGGGGGUGGACUCAGGGAAGAGAACUCUGGCAGCACCGGUGGCUACCAAUGGCCGUCUCGAUCUACCAAUUGGGAGCCAAUUCCAAGGCGUCUUCACUAUAGCUGUUCCACUACGGCUGUCGGAACAGGGUUCUCAAUCCAAGGGAGCAAGGGCACAAGCCUCUGCUGGAUCUCAAAGAUGUAGCUCCUCCGACAACCAAACGCCGGCUCGAGAAAGCACAAUCACCUCAGGAAUUCGGUCAGCCUCUACCAACGAGGCCGCUACUACACUCGCGGCGGAAGGCAAGCAAGAGUCCUCGGAACGGAACACGGUGGGAGAGAUGCCAUGCGUGUUUACCAGGGGCGAUGGUCCUAAUGGAAGAAGGAUCGAGGGGUUCCUCUACAAGUACAAAAAGGGGGAAGAGAUAAGGAUAGUUUGCGUCUGCCAUGGCAACUUCUUCACCCCAGCUGAGUUUGUCACGCACGCAGGAGGCACCGACGUUGACCAUCCUCUGAAACACAUUGUCGUCUGCCCUCCUCCGCGAGAGUGCCUGUGAGGCGUACUGCUCUGAAUCUACCUUCUUCCUCUUUGCUUUGUAUUUUUUGUUUUUCUUCAGCGUAGAGUCUGAAUUUUCUUUCUUAGCUGGACGCUUUCUUGUCGUUAAAGAUGAAUGUGAAAUGUAUAUGGACUUUUCAAAGCCGAGGUUUAGACCUCACCUUUCUGUACGUAUCUAAUGUUGAAUGACAAAAAUACCCUCGUAAACUUAGACUA